UUAGAUGUGAAGGAAGCAGAAUAGUUAUUGGUUGUGUGAAUCAAGAAUCAAUUACAUUCAAACUCAAAUACACCUGUAUUUACUUAACUUUGUUGAAAAGAGAAGUUCUUUUGCGGUUUAAGUAAAAAAUUCUAUAAAUUAGACAAAUAUUCAAAAGAUGGAAACUGAUACUUCUAGUAAUGAAACUUUAUAUAUGAUGAGGCCGAUUAGACCAUGGUACAAAUACAUAACAGUGGAACCAGUUAUGUUUUUCUACAUGAUGGCGUUCAUGAUAACAAAUGUGAUUGAACAAACAUUUUACUUGUUCCGGGCAUGCACAGUCAAUCACGGUUACAGUGCGGAUAUAUGUUAUAACAUUACCAGUUAUGACUCAAUUAAUAAGGAAGUGCAGGUCACAACGUCCCUCUUUCAUCAAUGGAACGGAAUAGCAAUGCACAUGGUACCUUUGCUGCUUGCAUUCUUUCUUGGCGCCUACAGUGACAAGCGCGGCAGAAAAAUCAUAAUCUUAACGGGCUUACUUGGAAAGUUAUACUUCUCAUUGAUGAUCACAUAUAUUACAACAAACUCAUGGCCUGUGGAAUACGUGAUUUACUUCGCUGUUCUACCAAGCGUCAUUACAGGCACCGAUUUGGCGAUAUUUACUGGAUGUUUCGCAUAUCUGGCCGACAUUACUUCAGUGGAAAAUCGUACCUUCAGAGUUGCUAUAUUGGACGCGGUGUAUCUAAGUACUAUGCCCACUGGGAUUUAUUUAGGAAAUCUGAUAUUCAAUCGCUAUGUGGACAAAUCGUUCACUACGAUGUUCGCAAUAAACUCCGGUCUUAUGAUACUGGCGACGUUUCAUUGCAUCUUCUCUCUCGACUGGCAGACAAGAAACGAGCAAAGGUCGGCGAGAGAGGCAAAUGUCACCAAUCCGAUCACCGAUUUCUUCAAUUUAAACAAUAUCAAAAAAACAAUCAUAACGUUGACGAAGAAAAGGCCGAAUAAUAGAAGACUAUUCCUCUGGUUUCUACUUGUGUCUAUGGCGUUUUAUACAUUUCAAAGAGAUGAGAAGCCCGUAUUGUACUUAUACGCAUCAAAAGUGUUCAAAUGGGACACAAAUGAUUACAGUAACUUUAAAACCUACCUUAGUUCCGCCUAUGUGAUUUUCACCCUCUUUGGAAUUCCACUGAUGUCAAAAAUACUUGUCUGGCGUGAUACGAUGAUAGUAAUGCUGGGUGCGGCUGCACAUAUGAGCGGCCAUUUGCUAUAUGCACAAGCUACAGUUGGCAGCACCAUGUAUGUAGGGGCAACUGCAGCCGCAUUGGGGCCCUGUAUAGUGUCACUCCUUCGUUCAAUGACCUCAAAGGUCCUUUCGCCGGGUGAAAGAGGUGUUGCGUUCGCCUUUCUAUCGGUAAUGGAAAACGCUGUGGGAAUGUUUGCGUCCGUUGUGUAUACGCAAAUCUACAACGUAACGCUCGAUACGCCGUAUAGUAACGCCAUAUUCUACUUUACGAUUGGCACCCAGGCAGCGGUCUUUUUCUUAUCAUUAACCAUGGAGCUUAUAUUAAAAGGAAAAGGAUUGGAAAUCGAAGUGGACCCAGACGAUACAAUUACUGAGAGCAUUUAAUUUGUUAAAUUAUAAAUUAUUAUAUAAUCUUAUUUAUUAUCGCCGCCUUGUGACACUCUAUUUUACGUGUGGCUGAACAUAGAAAAUUACGGAACUAACCGACUCAAGUACAUUCAAAUAUGCAACACCAACACCGGCGCACUUAAUAACUUCUCCUCCAAGUCGGUUAAAAAGAAGGUUGCAAAAAUAUUGGUCCACCUGCCAUUAGGAAAUCGUCAAAGUGAUCUAAUACAAUUUCUGACAACCUGUUCCAGGGAAGAUAACUUGACUUUGGAUGACCAAAGGACUAUUGCCUUGGACAUUCAUAAGUCAAUUGGGUCUUAUGACAUUCACCAAAUUAUGCUGCUUAUAUUCUCCUGAGUAUUGUUCUGUUUCCGGCAACUCGCUCGACUCGAAGACGGAUGUAAUACAUCCGAUCUUUAAGCAAGACGAUCGCUCUGAUCCAUCCAAAUUGCCCAUUAAACUCCAAAAGAAUGGGAACCAUUAUCAACGGCCAGCUCUUGCGGUAUCUAGAAGGACACCAGCUGAUUAUCAUUCAUAUCAGUAUGGCUUUCUUCGUGUUUGCUCAUAUGGUGACCUUCUUGUUUAUCUUCAGCUUUCUGGCCGUUGGGAAGUUUUACGUCAUUAUUUAUAGCAUGUUCCGACUUCAAACCCCUGAACGCUAGGAUUCCUCAGAACUGUGUCCUAUCUCCGACCCAUUUUCUUCUGCAUAUCAAUAUCAAUGUUUCAACUAUCAACAUUCACUGCUAUGCAGACGACAUACUCUGAACACCGCCGUGCAGAUAUUUCUUGGGCAGUUAUCGAUUAGUACUGGAACAAACUUUUAUCUGUUCUAUUGAUUACAUCUAGUCCAAUUUAAAGAAGAGACAAUUUUUUCUUCGAGAACAUUCUUCUUAAAGUCGUGGCCACAAUCGGGGUACUGGGCGGCUUAAUCCCUUGGUGUUGCAUAUUUGGUCUCUCUGCAUCUUCUACCACAUUUAGCAUAGAGAGCUCGGAUAUCUUCGGCUAAGUUUCAUUUGAUGUCGAGGAAGAAUAGAGAGAACAAUUGAGCCCUUUUUAUGGCAGCCACCACCACUAUGUGGAACCAGCUAGCCACUGUCCAUGGGCGGCGGAAUUUAGGAUAACUGUUGUGAUGUAACAUAUAUUUAUAAUGGUGUAAUACGCCAAACAUUUUUGACCAAGUCAUAGUUCGAUAUACCUCACAUAAUUUCAUAUUGGCUGUGAGAUUAUAUUUUGAAUAGUUAGAACACAUCGUUGUAAGCGGAAUUAAUAUGCGCAUUCAAUGCGUUUUUUUUUAUACAAAUAUGAUAUAAGAUGUUAAAAAUAUUAUAAUCGGUUUUAAUUAAGGCGAAAAUCCAAGCUCGGUGACAGAAAUUGGCCAAGAAAAUUAUUCUGUUUUUGGUCCCGAUUCUUUAGCAGCUAAUUACGUGUAGCAUUACCCAGAAGACCCAACGACCAUAAAAUACCAGAAACCCAGAAGAUGGACUGAAACCAAGGAAAUCACGAUUACUUUAUAAAUUUUAAUAUAAAGUAUGUUUAAGUCUUUUAUUGAGAUUCAUAAAGAAAUCGUGAUUUCUGUCAAGCACACAAUCUCCCGCCAAUUUUUUUUUAUCUAUAGAGCUGUUGUUUUUAUCUGUUGAAACUCGAAUACUUAAAUCAAAUUGUUGUACACAUCAUUUGUAGGCUUAAAUACGCAAGUUUAAUUUGAGAAGACUAAAUUUUAUAUUACUUGAAAUGUCUGUUAACGUUUUGUAUACGGCCAUGAAUUGUGAUAACUUUUGUGAAUUUAUUACGUUACUAUUUUGAAUAUGUCUUGUAUCAUAUGCUAUGCAAUAAACAAUAUAAAUUA